UCCGUUCCUUCAGCAUACAUACAUAAUUACGACUAUUAUUAUUAUUAUUUUUAUUCUUAUCUUUCGUUUCUUUCCUCUUUCUGUUACAUACAUACAUUCAUACAUACAUACGCUUACAUACCCUCUCCACCCCUACGGACUAACCCGCCCCAGACGUGACUCUCAACUCACAUCAUCCUGCAUUCGUCCUCUCUCUCUCCUCCCCGACUCUCCCGUGUUUUAAGCAGCCUUUUUCGCUCCCUCGUCUACAAAUGUCCAGCAACCCCCACGAUUUCAACGACCCUAAUCGACAGGGACAGUAUCCACCGCCGCAGUGGAACGCUAGUCAACCUGAGGAUAACCCUUCCGCUCACUACCCUCCAACCUCUCAAUACAAUUACCCUCCAGCUUCCUAUCCUCCUCCGGCUGGAGAACACCAGUAUCCACCCCCACCGUCGCAGUAUCAAUCCCAAUCGAAUAUGGCUGCCAUUCACCCGCACGUCCAGGGACCCCAGGAUGCCUAUCGACUCCCUCCGCCGCCGGGUGCCUACCGUCCUCCAGAUGUAUACGCCCAAGCACCACCUCCUCCUCCUCAAGUUGUCUACCAAGCCGCGGCCCCACGACAGAGGACUGCCAUCGCCUGCCGUUAUUGUCGGAGACGCAAGAUUCGAUGCUCCGGGUUUGAGAGUUCGCAGGAUGGACGCUGCAGCAACUGUAUUCGCUUUAACCAGGAGUGCAUGUUUACUCCGGUCUCUUCCCAGGCCCAGGCCUUUGUUCCAGCCCAUGCAGCCUACCCUCACCUGAGAAACCCCCAAAAUCAAGCACGUGCGGGUGCGCAAGGUGUGAUGCUCUAUGGUGCCCAUGGCCAGCCUCUCCCACCUCAACAACAACCUCAGCCAGGACCCGAGACUACCCUUCCACCACCUCAAGGAAUGUAUCAGCAUUCGUACGGCAAUGCUCCACCGCCCCUUCCAUCCGUGCCGCAAGACCAUAGAUCUACGGGCCGUCGGGGCUCCGGCUCUGGGUUUGAGUAUCCUGAUCCUACCAACCUUGCUCCGGUCACCCCAGCCACCUCCGCUGGGUAUCAGUCACAUACGGCGCCUUAUUACCCUCCACCUCCACAUGACCGUCGCCCUUCUCCCCAAUCUGCCUAUCCCUACGACAGCCGUCAUUCAUCCUCUCCUCAUGGCUCGCCAUAUCCCCCUAUCCACCAUAGACAAGGGGCAAUUACCCCCCCACCCACAUCUAUCCCCGGUGCUUCCGCUCGAAGUGGUUUGAAUGUGCGAGAUAUGUUGAAUCCAGGCGAUAAUCAAGGUCGUUCUAGUACCGACAGUGAUAUGCUCAAUGCUCUGAAUCGCCGGGGGCUGAACCAGUAAAUACCACCAGUCAAUUUCGGCUCGGGCUGGGUUUCAUUUUCACAUCGACGUGAAAAUGGAAUUGCGAACGGUCUCACUGGAAAAUGGUUGGUGAUGGUGGAGUGAUGCAAUUGAUACUUGUGGAAAGGCUGUGUGCUGGCCACACAAUUCUCCCACGUUUGGAAACCUUGAAGCUCUCUAUGUUCUUUUUACCGGUCCAGAUCACAGCGGCUGUUAUGGGGAAACGAAUGCAACAAGAAAAAAAAAUUUUACAUGAAAAAAGGGUGGGAAAA